AUGCCCAUUUCUAGCAGCUUAGGAUUAGGACCUAUUGACAGGAAUAGCCUCACGGAAUUCCCUAGUAACAUGCGAUUACCCGUUUGGGACGGCGGUGCCCUAUUCACCAUGACAUCGCGUCUCGUCGAUUACGAAAGCUCAGAGGAUGGUGUUGAGCCAUUACCUGAGCCAUCACCUCCCAAAGAGCCUUGCGAACCACAUACUCGAAUCCCUGCUCCUUCAACUGACCAGACCUUCAAGACCCAGGAUGCUGCUAUGAAAUUCCUUAAUAGCUUUACCAAGACUUAUGAAUAUGCAUUGAUCACAAAGAGAUCCAAAAUGCCAAAAGAAGGUGGCCCUAUUCACCGAGUUUACCUUCAGUACAGCCGCGGAGGAGUAUAUCGUGAGCGUACCAACGAAAAGACACGUGUCAGAGAGAUAAGCACACAGUGUAUAGGAUGCCCAUUUAGACUUAUCUUGCGCCAUGACAAGCACGCAGAUUGCUGGUGUCUUGAUCUUACAGAUCCGAGGCAUAAUUACCAUUUAGCAACUGGAUCAACACUUGCUUUGUUACGCCAUGAAGAGAUAGAAUCUAAGGAGACUCAAAUUAAGUCUUAUUUGGAUUUAAAAAUGUCAACGAAUCAAAUCUUAUCAACCCUCUAUAAAGAUAAUCCAGAAUCGAUUAUCAAGCCAAGAGAUAUCUACAAUAAGAAAAGGAAACUGCGAGAUGAUUUCCUUGAUGGCAAGACACCAGUCCAGGCCCUUAUUAGUGUUGUUCCAGAUAAUGGUGAUUGGAUAAUCAACUAUGGAACAAGUGAUACAAAUAUACUACUUGCUAUAUUCUAUAUGCAUAAAACUUCACUCGAGAUGCUCUGCCAAAAUCCUAACGUUCUAUUUAUGGAUUGUACCUACAAAACAAACCAAUAUAAGAUACCGCUCUUGGAUAUUGUGGGUUGUACAGCAUGCAAUAAGACGUUUUAUGCAGGAUUUAGCUUUAUGUUAGAUGAAAAGGAAGAGAGCUACAAGUUCAUCUUGGAAUGCUUAGCUGAGGUCUAUGCUCAAGCAAAUCUCCCGUUGCCAAUCUGUAUCCUGACUGAUAAAGAUAUGGCCUUAAUGAAUGCAAUCCCCACUGUUUUUCCAAUGUCAAAUAAUAUCAUCUGUCUUUGGCAUAUUGAAAAGAAUAUUCUUACACAUGUCCGUCCUAUUCUUACAAAUGAAGUGCUUCAUAUAAUCUAUUCUGGAGAUCCAGCCGCCGCAAAGAAGGAUGUCACACAGUACAAGACUCAUAUUGAGUCAAAGUGGAGGAACUUUUUCGGGUCAUUCAACAAGAUUGUGUACGCGAAGACUAAGGAGGAGAAGGACGAAGCGGUGAAUGCCUUUAAAGCUGAAUACAGCAGUGAUAUCUGGCAGGAAGUCAUGGACUACAUUAAUUCAGAGUGGCUUAAUGAUGAUAUUACUCAACGAUUCCUUCAUUGCCAUCUCUUAGACGUCAAGCAUUUUGGCCAGCUAAUCACAUCCCAAAAUGAAUCAGCCCACUGGACACUAAAACGUGACCUUCAAACUUAUGAGGAUGAUAAGGUUCUUAAAAUGAAGAAUGACUUUCUUGGCCCGACAAAGAAGCCAUUUAACCCAGAGUGUUCUGGAAUCACGAAACGGACCACUGGCAUUCCUUGUAUUCAUAUAAUUAAGCACUAUAUCGAUAGUGAGGAGCCACUACAGCUAUAUCAUUUCUACCAGCACUGGCGGUUAUACUCUUCCAAAGAGUUGCCUCCAAUUGAUCCCCAUACAAUAGUGCUCAACCUGGCGGUGGUCCAAGGUCGUGGUCGCCCCAGAGGCUCAAUCAACCAUCUAAUAGCCUCUCAGGCUAUAUCAAUACAGGAUUCUUCAACACGGAGAGAGCUAUCAGCAUUCGAGCAUGUCAUUGCGCAGGGGAAUCUUAAUACUGGAAGUCGAGGCCGCAGGGGCAGGGGUCGUGGGGGACGAGGAGGAUAUUCAAGUCAAGCUAGGGCAGAGAGCAUUGUGGCCAACAGUCGGACUGCUAGUAGAGGAAUGGUCUCGCAGGAUGCAACCGCAACAGCUUCGCAAAUUGCCUCAGAGGGUCCAGUCAGACGGAGCCAGCGACGUGGACGUGGCCAGUCAGCGCGGUGGCUUGGCGAUGAGAACGAAUUGCCAGGAUAUUAG